AUGUCUCAGGAGGGGCACAUUCAGCUGGAGGGAAUCCCUCAUUUCUCAGUGAAGCCUCAUGACGUGACAGUGGUGGCUAAUGUUAGCCUCAGCCUGCAGUGUGUGGCCCAUGGGCCUCCAGAACCAGUCAGGAUCAUCUGGCUGCAGAACGGAGGACCACUCAACAUGCUCCAGGACCCGGUGUCCCACUCUCCCUCCACUCUCAACAUCACAGGUCUCAACCAUACCAGCAGCUUCUCCUGUGAAGCCCACAACAGUAAAGGUGUGGCUACCUCAGCCUCUGGAACAGUGACAGUGGUUCCCUCCCAGGCACAGAAAGUCCAAGCUGAAGAGGUCACCAACUCUUCCCUGCACAUCUCCUGGGUGCCUGGCUUUGGAGGGGUAUAUCCUGUCUCUGUGUGUUCUAUACAGGCAGCUCCGUCUAGUCCUGACCGCAACCCAUUGCGUAAUCACCUGAUCCAUAAUCAGAAUGUCAAUGUACCCCCUGCUCAACACCUGACCCCUGAACUGAAGCCCUACACCUACUAUGACGUGAUAGUGCCAGAGGCAGCACCAGACAACGCAGUUAUGGAGUCAGUUGAGUCCUCUGAGCUAGCUAUCCCUCUCUCUAGCCUCCUGGACAGUUGCAGGUUGCGGCCCCUGGAGCCCAGUCCAAUCCCUCAAACAGAAACAGCCUGGCAUUCUCCUGGCAUUGGUGAGUAUUAUCUAUCCCUUUCAACAGUGAACAGCCUGGUGAUUAGUGAUGAAUUGAAGCAGAAAGACGUGAUGGUGGACAGACACAAGCUGACCCUGGGCAAGACCCUUGGAGAGGGGGAGUUUGGCUCUGUCAUGGAGGGGCUUCUGGUGCAUGAACAGACUGUCCUCAAAGUGGCUGUGAAGACCAUGAAGAUUUCCAUCUGCACUCGCACUGAGAUGGAGGACUUCCUCUGGGAGGCUGCUUGUAUGAAGGAGUUUGACCACCCCAACGUCAUGAGACUCCUUGGGGUGUGUCUGCAGGCAGUAGAGAGAGGAGGCUACCCCUCCCCUGUGGUCCUCCUGCCCUACAUGAAGCAUGGGGACCUGCACAGUUUCCUGCUCUACUCUGGACUUGGGGACAAUCCUUUGUCCCUGCCUUCUCAGAUGCUGGUGAAGUUCAUGACAGAUAUUGCACAGGGAAUGGAAUACUUGAGCAACAAGAGGUUCAUCCAUAGAGACCUGGCAGCGCGAAACUGCAUGCUGAAUGAGAAUAUGACUGUCUGCGUGGCUGAUUUUGGCCUUUCCAAGAAGAUCUAUAAUGGGGACUAUAGACAAGGACGCAUUUCAAAGAUGCCAGUAAAAUGGAUCGCCAUCGAGAGCCUGGCAGACAGAGUUUACACCACCAAGAGUGAUGUGCUACUUCCUGAUGUUCUCCUGCUCGCUGCUGAGUCCUAAGGACCGCCCAGGAUUCCCCUCUCUGCGCUGUGACCUGGAGAAAGCCCUUGAGGAGAUGCCUGAGCAGAAGGAGGCUGAUGACCUGCUCUAUGUCAACAUGGAGGAGCCCUCAGGCUCUCUGUUAGGGGCCAUUGGGAGGCUGGGAGCCCUCAGGCUCUCUGUUAGGGGCCAUUGGGAGGCUGGGAGCCCUCAGGCUCUCUGUUAGGGGCCAUUGGGAGGCUGGGAGCCCUCAGGCUCUCUGUUAGGGGCCAUUGGGAGGCUGGGAGCCCUCAGGCUCUCUGUUAGGGGCCAUUGGGAGGCUGGGAGCCCUCAGGCUCUCUGUUAGGGGCCAUUGGGAGGCUGGGAGCCCUCAGGCUCUCUGUUAGGGGCCAUUGGGAGGCUGGGAGCCCUCAGGCUCUCUGUUAGGGGCCAUUGGGAGGCUGGGAGCCCUUUGGACUGCCUCACCCCUCCUACCGGAAGAACAUGGGCCCUCU